GCCUUUACUCGUGGUAUCCCGCUAGUAGCUCGCGGAGAGUCUGACACGGGCUAGCUACAGUAGUAAAUAGCAUGCGGGAGUCGAUACAUGCCCUUCGUUGUGACUUGUUGUGCCUUCAAGACACACAGAGCGAACGGACGCGGUCGGGAAAUCCCAAGAGGGAGAGGUUGUUCCAGAGCUGUCUCAACUGUAUGGCAGGAGGUCUCGAGAUGCAAUAGCCAAGGAAUUCAAUCUCCAAACUCCACUCUAUUUCUCCUACACCCACUUAGUCUGUCGCACCGCCAAAGAUGUGGUGGAGAGGAGAGAUCUGAGUCAUCCAGUCCACUCUGAUAACUGCAUCCUGAACGAGGCCACUGGAGAAUGUGACAAAGUCCCUCCUGCCUACACCUGGAGAGCAGUGCCAUUCUGUACCUCAAUGAUGAGUUUGAAGGAGGAGACUUCUUCUAUGCACACACUACAAAAGACCUCUCACCUGAGGAGACGGUGAGUCCAAAGUGUGGUCGUCUGGUGGCCUUCUCAGCAGGGAAGGAGAACAUGCACGGAGUACUGGCUGUCACCAAGGGCAGUAGGUGUGCCGUGGCUCUCUGGUUCACCCUUGACCCCAACCACAAGGAGGCUACCUUCUCCAUGGCUGAGGAGACUGUUUCAUGAGAUCAAGACUGUUUCAUGAUAAGAAUUUUGUCUACGACUGAUUCAAAUUGUGUUGUUCUUUUCUCUCUUGUACCAAUUAUGCAGCUGCAAGUGUGGACAUUGUAAUUCACUUGUGCGUCACUAGAUAAUAAUGACAAAGAAUCACAUUAUAACCAUACCUAUUGUGGUGUAAGUAAUGAUCGCGUUAUGGGUGUGGAUUAGUUAUUCUCUCUAAGCUUCCCUGCGAAGCCUGUAUAAAUGUUCUUGUCUGACCCUCAAAAGCACAAGCUGUGGGGAGGGAAGGACAGUAAAAAGCCAAGACUACUUAUUUGCAGUCAUAUGACGUACCCCUCCUCAGGAAGUUAGAGCAAGAGUGGUGGCUAAUAGUUGAACCUUCAGAACUACUAUCAUGUUUGAAGAAUUGGAUAUCUUCUCAUGUAAUUGCCAUUUCUUCCUUUUAUAGCUACCCUCUUCGAUAGAACAACCAUGACAUUGACUGUGAUUUAAACUGCUGCUUGGGACCUGUACUACAUGGGCAGUGAGCUCUACCAUAGGAACCAGUGGCAGGAGCAGGUGGAUGUGAUGGAGACCUCUCUACAGGAACUGCCCAGGGCUCUCCAGCGGUGCAGGGAUGAGUGCUAUGGUCCUCUCUGACUUGGCGGCAGAAUGGGCUUUGCUCAGAUGGUUAUCCACCCGAUGAUCACACUGAAGGAGUGUCAGAGCCAGUGUAUCCACAAACUGGGAGAACCGUGAGGUUUGACAAGACCGAUGACUUCUUUGGCAGCUACUUCCACUACCUCCAGUAUGGCUACCACAUGUUGAAUGCAAGUCUACCAGCCAUCCAGGCAUCAGCCACACAGCUACAGUUGGAACCCCACAGUGAUGUAGCCAAGAAAAACGCUGUCUUCUACCGACAGCAACAUGGAGUCACUCGCAAGGACUUCAUUCCACGAGAGGAUGUACAGCCACUGAUAGAGUCCAUGGAUCUGGAGCAUUCCUUCAUGCAUGUCCUGGAUGAGUUGUCAGGUCAUCUGGAGCAGUUUGGGGAGGAGAGACAGGGAGGAGAGGAGGGACAGGACGAUGCUGAACUGCUGGACAAUGAUUUCUUAGCCUAUCCUCCUGCCAAUAUGCCACAAACAGAAGAAUGGGAAUGGCAAGAGUGGAAUAAGCCUGAAAUAGUGAGGUUCACAACUGACCCAGACCGUAUGCUGGCAGACAAUGUUUUAUCUCAAGACCAGUGUGACAAACUACUAGAGUUGGCCAAGUACUGUAAAGAGGGAGAUGGCUACCAACGCAAGGCCCCCCACACUUACAACGAGCUCUUUGAAGAACUCAACAUUCUUGAUGCAGCCAAGAAAUCCCAGGAGGGAGAGGUUGUUCCAGAGCUGUCUCAACUGUAUAUCAAUGCCAGCAGGAGGUCUCGAGAUGCAAUAGCCAAGGAAUUCAAUCUCCAAACUCCACUCUAUUUCUCCUACACCCACUUAGUCUGUCGCACAGCCAAACAUGUGGUGGAGAGGAGAGAUCUGAGUCAUCAUGUCCACUCUGAUAACUGCAUCCUGAACGAGGCCACUGGAGAUUGUGACAAAGUCCCUCCUGCCUACACCUGGAGAGACUACAGUGCCAUUAUGUACCUCAAUGAUGAGUUUGAAGGAGGAGACUUCUUCUAUGCACACUCUACAAAGGACCUCUCACCUGAGGAGACGGUGAGUCCAAAGUGUGGUCGUCUGGUGGCCUUCUCAGCUGGGAAGGAGAACAUGCACGGAGUACUGGCUGUCACCAAGGGCAGGAGGUGUGCCGUGGCUCUCUGGUUCACCCUUGACCCAAACCACAAGGAGGCUACCUUCUCCAUGGCUGAGGAGAUUCUCCACGAGAUUAAGACUGUUUCAUGAUAGGGAUUUUGUCUACAACUGAUUCAAAUUAUUUUUUGUACCAAUUAUGCAGCUGCAAGUGUGGACAUUGUAAUUCACUUGUGCGUCACUAGAUAAUGACAAAGAAUCACACUAUAACCAUACCUCUCCUGGUGUAUGUAUUG